AUGGCGUUCAAGUCCCUCUUUCUUCUCUCGCUAAGCCCAAUCGCGCUGGGCUUAGUCUCCAUCGUUGACCCAAGCGACUACGUCAACCUGUCCGCAGAUGCGGAAGACAAUGCCCUCCUGGCAGAUUACACGACCGACAAUGGUGGCCCGAUCUACCUGAUUGAUGACCUCGCCGGGCAAUACACCUACCGUGACGCCGACGCUGAGCUUGACCAUGAGACCCUCUCUGUCAAUGCCAACGACACCAGUGUGCUGCUCAUUACAGAGGGUAGCAAUGUCAAUAUCUCCCAUGUGGACGUCGUAAAAAGGGGUUACUCCACAUGGCUGAACCAGGCUAGUUUCUUCGGCAGGAAUGCAGCCCUGAACAUCGCCAAUGGGUCGACUUCCUAUAUCACGGACUUAAAUAUUACAUCGCACAAUGGCGCCGCUGGCAUCUUUGUCUAUGGCACUGGUACGACGGUCCAUGUGAGCAAUACCGAAAUUUACAGCUCCGGGCCGGUCUCUCAUGCUCUGUACGCCGCGGGCAAUGGGACCAUUUACGCCUCGAAUAUCCGCUCCUACGCUGGCGGAAACCGCUGCUCGACAUUCUCCGGCGACAGUCCAGCCGGGUAUAUCUACGUUUCCGACUCGGUAUCUCACACGGCGGGUGUUGGGAGCGCCACAUUCUAUGCGCUUGGCGAGAUUUACGCCAACAAUGUCGUGGGACACUCUGAGCAGGCUCCCGCACUGUUCAGCGACGGGUCCCAGAAAGCUGUAUUAGAGAAUGUUGACCUUACUGCCGGAUUGCUGGCUGGAACCGUCAUGUUCUCGUCGUCAGCGCGACAGACCGGAGCCUCCCUCUCGCUCACCAACUCUCGACUCACGACCUUGAAGGAGGACAUGCCUGCCCUGUGGUUUGGCAACAUCAUCGCGGAUGCAACCAUAAUUGCAACAGAGCUGAACACCAGUUCCAGGAUCCUGCUUGUCGCCAACUCCUCCCAGGUGACUCAAGCGUUUAGCUACUUCGCCGGCGCAGAGGAGAACUCGUCCAUCCAACCCGCUGAGGUGUCUGUUACUGUUGCUGAAUCCACCCUUGCGGGCGACCUGGUCGCGUACAAUGGCAGUUCGAUUGCCUGGAAUCUCACCGACCACUCGACCUGGACUGGAUCCGCGUACCUCGAGGGCAAGGGAUCAGCCACCUUCAGCAUUUCAGUCGAUGAGACGUCUACUUGGACUUUGACUCGGGACGUGAUUGUGGACACUUUUACGAAUGCGGAUCUUGGAAACAAGAACAUUCACUCUAAGGGGUUCAAUAUCCAUUACAAUUCCUCUGCGCCGAAGAAUACCUGGUUGAAGUCUAAGAUGUUUACGUUGCCUGGUGGCGGGAAAUUACGUCCCCGCUCUUGA